AUGGGAGUUGCCGCCUGGAAGCGAAGACGAACUCCAGCCAACUCCACCGAAUUCUUGAGAGAAGACGAAGGCCUAGAGAUGAGUUUCUAUGUAGGUAACGGCCUCAACUUCGCCAUGAAUCUCAAUUUGGGAACUCCUCCCGUGCAGCACAACUUCACCAUGGCACUUAACUCGGAAUUCUUCUGGGCUGCGUGCUCUCCUUGCAUCGAUUGCAAUGUUUCCACAAACGAACCCCUCUUUUCAUGGGCAUCAUCCACAUCUUACACUAGAAUUCCUUGCACCUCUCCUUUCUGCUCGACAUCCCCUGAUUUCUCGACAAACGCUUGCGGAUCUUCAGCCGUGGGUUUCACGACUUGCUUAUAUAAUGUUUCUUACAGCCCCAAAUACUCGUCAGCUGGUGAGAUGGCUAGUGAUGUUGGCACACCGGUUGAAUUUCGGACAUGGUUUCUGCUAGACGAUGUUGCUGAAAAUGCUACUGUGUGCUUGGCUGUUGGAGACUCACAGAAGGUGGGGUUCUCACUGAAUGUUAUAGGAACCUACCAGCAGCUGGAUGUGACAGUGGAGUUUGAUCUGGAAAAGCAGGAGAUUGGAUUUGGAACUGCAGGAUGUAUGAACCUUGACACUUCUUCUGGUUUUACAUACGUCUUCGUGUGGAAAUCUUCUACAACUCAAGCGUUUUCUUUUCUUCCUCUCCUGACGUAUCUCCUGCUUGUUUAA